GAUCAGUGUCAGCCGCACGACGUCGUUCUGCCCUCUGACUCCCCAUGUACCACCUACCUGGGCUCGUUUGCUGCCCGGCAGGGCCAUAGUUAUCUGAUAAGGAAUGCCUCUCUGGCCAGGUUGGCGACCCUCAAUCGUAAGCUUGACGAGCUUUUUCGUGCAUGGAAUGUGCUGGUCUUCGGAGAAGAAAAGACAGGGAAUGCCAGCGAAGGAUUGCCAAGUUCACCGAGUGACUGCCUCUCCAAUGCCAAGAUGCUCAUUUGCCUACUGACAUUUCCACCCUGUAUGGAGACUCAGGAAUUUGAAGACGGUGGGAAUGGUCAGGAAAUCUCCUAUGGCAGGCUAAAGAAGCGAUCGAUUCAGCAAACUGAGGAAGUCCCUCUCUGUAGGUAA